AUGCUGAAUUCGACUACCUCGCCUACUACUGCCACUUCCAAUAAUUCGAACUCGAUAUUUGAUGAUAACAGGGGGCAAGGGGAGAAACAGCAGCAGGAGUUGACGAUUAUGAGGUCGAUAUUCAAUCCACCACCUCCGGCACCUAUGGAGGGGGCGGUGGGGGUUAUGGCUGGUUUGGUCGGACACCAUCCUCUUCAACAAGGUGGUCCUUACUACCCUUCCGAUAGCAGCAGCAGCAGAGGUCCGGGUAGCUAUAGCCAAACUCAAGCUUCUACUACUGCUAAUGCUGCCGCUGCCGCAGCAUCAAGAAGAAAUAAACCCUCCUACGGGAUGGUCUUCUCCCAGAUGCUUGAUCUCCAUCUAUUGUGCACCAAAGUGCCUAGGGGAAGGAGUCGUCAUGGAAGUGGCUACGGAGGUGGUUAUGGAGGGUAUGUAUGGGCAGUGGAGGUUUUGUUGGACGAGCUUGGGAUUUAUGAAGGGUUGGAGGAGACUUUGGAUGAGGAAGGAGGUGGGAAGAGAAAGGGGCUGACGAGGAGGAGCAGAGAGCAGAGAUGGGGGGCUGUGGAGAUUGAGAAGGGGAGUGGGAGGGUUGUUGAUACUUUUAAGUAA